AUGCAAAGGCCAUGGCUUCUCCCAGGACUCUGCUUUCUGCUAAGCCUGCCUGGAGCUAUGACUCAAAAAAGCAAAGACUCUUGCUCCUGUCCCCAGCAUGCUUCCUGUGUCAACAGCACGGCCUGCACCUGCAACCCCGGGUACACUUCCAGCUCUGGGCAGAAGCUCUUCACCUUCCCCUUGGAAACGUGUGACGAUGUUGAUGAGUGUGCACCUCCUGUGAGCAUGGAUUGUGGACCAAAUGCCCAGUGCCACAACCUCGAGGGGACCUUCGAAUGCCGCUGCAUGGCUGGAUUUGAACUGGCCUCCGGUGGUGUGCAGUUCAAAUAUUCCAAGGAGAACACCUGUCACAAGACCAACUCCUCAAAGACAGCUCAGGGCCACCAACAGCUGCAGGAAAUUGUCAACAAGUUCGAGUCACUACUCGCCAAUCAGACUCUGUGGAGAAGAGAGGACAAACAAGAGCUCGCCUCCACAGCGUCAUCCUUCCUCCAGGAUGUAGAAUCAAGUGUUCUCGAAGCAGCCUUGAAAACCCCACGGCGAAAAAUCCAGGAAGCCUUCAACAGGACUAUGGCUGUUGCCACACAGACUGUUGGGGACAAAUGUUCUGAAGAAAGAAAGGUGUUCACAUUAGAUGUCCACAUGAACUCCAUGCAGGUCCAUUGUGAUGACGUCAUCGAGGAAGACGCGCAAGGCCCCAGCGCCAUUGCCUUUAUCUCCUAUUCUUCUCUUGGGCACAUCCUCAAUGAAACUUUUUUUGAAGAGACAGAGAUGCUCCAACCCACUUCCCUGGACUUCCAAGAGAAGAUGGAGGAGGACGAGCCCUUGUACCUGAACUCCCAGAUAGUGAGCGCGGCGCUGGGCUCCAGCUCCGGCCGCAGGGGCUCCUACCUCCCCGGCUUUGUCACCCUGACCCUGCAGCAUGUGAAGAAGAACCCUCGCAGCAGAAGGACCCUGUGCGUGUACUGGGCAGCCACCGGUGCCGGCGGCCACUGGGACACAGCUGGUUGUUUCCUGGUCAGUGUGAACGGAAGUCACACCGUGUGCAACUCCACUCACCUGUCCAGCUUCGCUGUCCUCAUGGCCUUGACCAAUCUGGUAUGCUGCUGGCUCCAGCUAGACCAGGGCUUCAUCUGGGGUUUCCUUGGCCCCGUCUGUGUCAUCGUGUCUGUGAAUUUAGUGUUUUUCAUCUCCGUCCUUUGGAUUUUGAAAAGGAAACUUUCUUCUCUCAACAGUGAAGUGUCCACCAUCCAGAACACAAGGAUGCUGACACUCAAAGCAACAGCUCAGGUGUUCAUCCUGGGCUGCACGUGGAUCCUGGGCGUCCUGCAGGUGGGCCCAGCGGCGCGGGUCAUGGCGUACCUGUUCACCAUUGUCAACAGCCUGCAAGGCGUCUUCCUCUUCCUGGUCUACUGCCUGCUCAGCCAGCAAGUCCGGAAACAAUACCAAAAGUGGUUUACAGACAUCACAAAACCAAAAUCCGAAUCUGAGACGUACGUGCUCUCCAGCAAGUCUGGCCGGGACACAAAAACCAGUACCGCAGAGACCAAGUGAGGAGAAAGCAUUAAAACUAGAACAUUCCAUGAUUCCAUUGAGAAAUCCACACCCACGAAUCCUGCUGGCCCCGUGCAGAAUGGAGCUGAGGACGGAGGCUCACGGCACAUUGUAUGACGGGAAGAAGGCCUGGAACCUCUGCUCCCGGCAGUGUUCGCUGCACAUGCGGAGCGCUCAGUAAACGGGU